AUGGCAAAAUACGCUUGGUACACUAGAGCUAGUGAUACGAUUCAUCGUUUAACUGUGCUGGGUCUUGUUGGUGGUUCCGUUUAUAUGGUUGGUGGGUUAGGUUAUACAAUGUAUAUAAAUGGUAAAAACUAUGAAAAGCAAGUAACAGCCACAAAACUGGAUCAAAAUGAGGCCAGAGAACUUGAAGGUUCGGUAACGUCUGCUGAAUAG